AUGUCUACCACAGCAACAACCACUAAGACACAGGAUGCUGAGGCCCAUCCCACCUUCGCCGCUCAAUUCGAAACAAAAGACCUCGUAGACUUUGAUCCGAGCAGAGUCUACGGCGAUUGGCGUGACGAGUUCCACAAGCAUGGUUGUGUACUUAUCAAAGGCGUUAUCUCUCCAGAACGGGCCAAGUAUUAUGCCGACAAGCAGGUCCAGUGGCUGAAGAACUUUGAGCUCGGCUUCGACGAGAAUGACCCUGAGACAUGGACAGAGGACCAUCUGCCCGUGAGCUUCAAAGGUGGCAUGUACUUUGCCUACGGCAGUCCUCAUGAGAAGAUGGCAUGGGAAGCUCGCACUGAGCCAGGCGUCAUUGACAUCUUCCAAAAGCUUUGGGAGACACGGGAGCUCAUUUCCUCAUUUGAUGGCAUGAAUAUUUCAAUGCCAAACCGAAAAGACGUGAGGUGGUCACCAUGGCCACAUUGUGACCAGAAUCCCGAGCGUAAGGGCAUGCAAGCAGUUCAGGGGCUUCUCAACUAUGCUCCCAAUGGUCCCAAAGACGGAGGUCUCAUGUUGAUGAAAGGCUCGGCACACCUCUUCAACGAGUUCUUUGCGCACAAACGUGAAUCCAACGACCACGAGGAUGCCCCUCCACCAGAGAUUAAGUUCAUGGAUCUGUAUCUCUUCUCGGAGAAGGAUGUCAAGUGGUUCGAGGGGCGCGGAUGCGAGCUCAUCAAGGUGAAUAUGGAGCCGGGUGACUUUGUUCUCUGGGACAGUCGGACCAUGCACUACGCCCGCCUGCCCGAGGGCGAGCAGAUUCGUCAUGUUCAAUAUAUCUGUAUGACUCCACGCAGAUUUGCCACCGAGGAGGCUUUGGAGGCGAAGAAGCAAUGCUUCAAGAAUUAUACAGGCACGACUCACUGGCCGCAUUGCAACAUUAGGCCAGCUGAGAAUAAGCCCAUGCGAAAUGGGGAGGUCUGCCCAAAGUACAGGACCGAGCCGUUCGAGAAGCCUGAGCUCACGGACACGGUGCUUCGACUUGCUGGUGUAAAGGCUUACUAA